CUUUGCUGACGCGAAUGAACAUACACGGUAGCAGUAGUCUCAGCACUAGGACUAAUGAUGAGUUUAAUAAAAUAAAUUAUUGUUUUCUUAAAUAUCGUUUCAAAUCAUAAAAAAAUGAAAAAUCAUGUUCGCGAUACUAUUUCACACCAAAUAUCGCGAGGUCCUGAAAAUAAUAUGUCUGUGCCUUUUCUGGUACAUGGUCAGUUCGGCCAUGGGCGUAGUGGGGAAGUUAGUACUUAGCGACUUUCCGUACCCUAUGACGGUCACAAUGGUACAACUACUUUCCAUAUCCGUCUACCUAAUUCCGGUGAUGAAGAGUUUCGUGAAGACAUCCUGGAUUCCCUAUCAUAUCCCACUGAAGUACUGGCUACAAAUCAUCCUGCCACUGUCGUUUGGGAAAUUUGUGUCGUCUGUAUCAUCUCACAUCAGUAUCUGGAAGGUUCCUGUAUCUUAUGCCCACACAGUUAAAGCCACGAUGCCAUUUUUUACUGUAAUCUUAUCUAGGAUAAUAUUGAAAGAGAAACAAAGCAAAAAGAUUUAUUUAUCCUUGGUACCAAUAAUAUCUGGGGUAGUGAUAGCCUCGUUGACUGAACUUUCCUUCGAUAUGCUGGGUCUUAUUAGUGCAUUGGUCUCAACUAUCGGCUUUGCUCUGCAGAAUAUUUUCUCUAAAAAGUGUUUGAAAGAGGUAGGGCUGCAUGAAUUUUCCCUACUUUUUACCCUUGCCAUCAUAGCUGGCUGCAUGUUUCUUCCCGUCUGGGUCUUUUACGACCUAUCUAGGAUUAUUGAAGAUACUAGUUUGUCGCACAGCAUGCACCUACCGAGACUUAUAGCCCUCCUUGUCAUAGACGGCUUCUGCAACUUUGCCCAGAAUGUCAUAGCCUUUUCCAUCAUAGCUCUAGUGACGCCGCUGAGCUACGCUGUAGCUAACUGCACGAAGCGUAUAGCUGUCAUCUCAGUUUCCCUUCUGGUCUUGGGCAAUCCAGUUACAGCUGUCAACGUUGUCGGGAUGAUGACCGCCAUAUUUGGAGUGCUGCUGUAUAAUAAGGCCAAGUACGAUCAGCACAGAGAAAAGAAACAUCUACCAGUUCUACCCUCUUACGAGAUAAAAAGCAGCCACAACAUCAAUAGCAUCAUCAGUGAUAGCAUCAGCAACGGUUAUAUAGGGCACUACAAUAAGAAUAAUAUGGAAAUUAUUGCCAGCACUGACAACAGUAAGUUACUAGUUGUCUGAGGGUUAUGAUACACGUAGUUUCACCAACGAAAUCAUCACAUCACUACGGUUAUAAUAACAAUGAUAAUAAUGGUAACAUCACUAAUCUCAAUAAGUACGUUAAUGUCAGCUAAAAAAAUGAUGUCAUUACAUUAACAAUAAUAACGUUAAUUGAUAUGUACCAGUACUACUUUCUGUUGCUAAGGAUGGUUUUUUCAUUGCAAUUGUUUUUCUUGUUAGCGCUCUGGAGAGUUGAUGUGAUUUUGUUAAGGUUUUUGUUAACGAAUGUAAAAACUACACCACUCACCCACGCACACACAAACAGACACACACACACAGACACACACAAACACAUAUUGACAGAUAUAGGACUACAGUAAACAACGCGAAAAUCUUAUGACCUAUUUAUUGUGUUCUAA